CGGAAUGGCGGAGUAUUCAGGCCAAUCGGGCGUACGUGCUGUACCUUCAGGAAACAACGUCGACUGCGCCAGUGCACGCAAGGGCAACCAACCACCAGCACAUGUACGCCAUGAGUGAUGGGGUAAAGGUGCACGGGUCGAGAUGUAACAGCGUUGUAGAGUCACAGGAGAAUCACGGGGCGAAUGAAUUGGAGGGCGACUUUGUGUGUGGGGAUGAGGAUGAUGGUGUAUUGCCUGUGCGUGAGACUGUGGCCGCGGAUGCUAGUGGACUUGUGGGUACGCAUACGGCGGUAGGUGAUGUGGGUGGGCGUAUAGAUGCGAGUUUGGCCGCGUUUCUAGUAACAGCUGAACGGGAGUACAACCGGCAACUACCCGACUGGGUCAUUAAUUCGGAAAUUGUCCACUUUUGACCAGUCCUAUCGGUAAGGAUCCAAGCCUCAAUCAGCCUUCCGAGGAACAAAUAGUAUCGUGAAUAAGUCGACAGGCUGUACUGGGUAACUCACCAAGCCAUGGCCCACGGGCGAUGCGAUAUCUCACCCGGGAAACUGCCUGCCUUGCCUUCACACCUGGUGGUGUGGGAACAUCGCUGUAUCGCUGCGAAGCAUAGUGCCGUUGUACUGCUAUCUGUCCAUGUGUCCUCGACGUCACAGUUCGGUACUCGGACAGGUGCUGAGUCUGGGAGGAUCUACGAGCAGGCG